UAGUAUAAGAGAAGACGUGUUGUGCUGGUUUCAACAAAAAGAAAUGGAAACAGAACAAUCUUCCAGGAAUUCAAGUUCAUGUAGUUCUCCAAUCACUGAUACAAUUCUAAAUAUUGAUUCACCAAAGUAUGAUGUAUUCUUGAGUUUUAGAGGUGAGGACACUCGAAAGAACUUCAUGGGUCAUUUGAGAGUUUCUUUGUUUGCAAAAGGAAUAAAAAGCUUCAUAGAUGAUGAUCAAAUCGAAAGAGGUCGAUAUAUAUCUACACAACUACUCCAAGCCAUAGAAGAUUCAAAGUGUUCAAUCGUGAUUUUCUCACCAAACUAUGCUUCAUCCACAUGGUGUUUGGAUGAACUCGUCAAAAUCAUUGAUUGUAUGAAAACAAGAGGUCAAAUCGUAAUACCCAUCUUCUACAACAUCGAUCCAUCUGAUAUUCGCAAACAGACAGGGCGUUUCGGCGAGUCAUUUGCUGUUCACGAACAAAAUCUAAAGGAUGAGAUGGAAAGGAUUAAUGGCUGGAGGACUGCCUUAAAAGAAGUUACUGCUCUUGCUGGUUUGGAUAUACAAAACUACAGGGAUGAAGCCAGCUUUAUAAGGGAUAUAGUUGAAGAUAUAUCAUCUCAAUUGAGUAACGUGAUGCCGCCAAAAGUUGUAGAGAGUCUUAUAAUUCCAUGGAUACGGAGUGCAUUUGGGGUUGUUCGCGCACUUUUCCUCCUAGUUUUCCUUUUCCUUGUUGUGUUUCCUCUAUUUGGUUACUUUUUCUUCAACGUUGUAGUACCUGUAAUUGAGUAUGUCUUGGGUGUGGAUCAAGGGACCCAUUCAUCCUCAUAUUGUGAUAUCACGAUUGAUGGAAAGACUACCAGACAAUACGGGAGUGAUUGUGGUAAUUUUAGAGGUGUGAUGAAGGCAUUUAAUAAACUGCAUUAAUAAUAGUAUCUUCUACUUAUUUAGGAAGUCGAACAUGCCAGGACAUAUACUCUUGGGUAAUUAAUUUGAUUAAUUUAAAGCUUUAGUUUAAUUGUUCUUGUAUAUAGGGACUGCCCCCUGUUUGUGCUUUUGUUACCGCUACUAGUAUAUAUUAUAUUAAUUAAAUUUACUCUUUAA